AGAGAAAGAGAGAGAGUGGGAGGGGAAAAAAGGGAAAAGCUGGCAAGCAGCUGAUUUGUCAGAAGAGUUUCCCAGAGCGCUCUGCCAUUCGUGUCCCAGCACUCAUGCUGCACUGAGCCUCUCCAGCCACCUAGAACACACACUGAGAGCUUGAGCGAUUGAGAGAGGGUGUGCGUGGGGUGUUUCAAACAGAACCAGAACCAGAGCAGAAAAGUCCUAACAAGUAAAGGGAAACCAGUAAGGUAAAGUUCCAGAGUGCACUCCUCAGUGUUCUGUUUCUUCUCCCACCUGCAGCCUGAAGCUCUGCCGCCAUGGAGGUGCUGGAAGUCCCCACCCUGCAGCUGGACACCCCUGAGCAGCACAAGACCCUCACCGAGAUCUCCGACGACGAGGUCAACCUGCCACCCUCUGAUGAUGAGGAGGGGGCCUCCACCUCAGAGGUGAAGGCCAAAGAUGCUGCAGAAAAAGAGCAGGCCGAGGAAGGAGACAAGAGCAAUGGGCAGGUGAACGGUGUGAUGAUCCUCUCCCUGCUGGACAAGAUCAUCGGGACGGUGGACCAGAUCCAGCAGACCCAGGCUGGCCUGGAGGCCCGGCAGCAGGAGAUGGAGCGCUCAGUGACCGGCAUCCAGGGCGAGCUCACCAAGCUGACCAAGAGCCACACCACCACGGCCAACUCCGUCAACAAGAUGCUGGAGAAGGUGCGCAAAGUCAGCGUGAACGUGAAGACGGUGCGCACCAACCUGGAGAAGCAGGCUGGCCAGAUCAAGAGGCUGGAGAGCAAUGAGAGCGAGCUUCUCAAGAGGAGGAACUUCAAAGUCAUGAUCUAUCAGGAUGAUGUCAAAAUUCCCUCCAAAGUCGCCGUGGCCAAGUCCUUGAAAUCGGCCCAGGCAGUAGAGGGUGGGAGUGAGCUGGAACUCAAAGCGGCCGUGGAGGAGGGUGGAGAGGAUGGAGGAGAGAAGGCUCAUGUGGACCUCUCUUCUGAUGAAGAAGAGGUAGAGAUUGAGGAGACUAUUGAAGAGACCCGGGCAGAACGCAUCAAGCGCAGCAGCCUGCAGAGGGUCCAGAACAUCAAAACGGUAUUCUCCAAAGAAAAGAUGGAGAAGACCAAGCAGAAGACAAAGGAUAACCUGGAGAAAACCAAGCAGAAGACCAAAGAGAACCUGGAGAAGACUCGCAUGAAGACCAAAGAAAACUUGGAAAAGACCAAGCAGAAGACCAAGGAGAACCUGGAGAAGACACGGCAGAAGACGAGGGAAAAUCUGGAGAAGACGCGGCACAACAUCGAGAAGAAAAUGGGCAAGCUCAGCACCCGCAUGUCCGUCAACCCAGAGCGGAAGGAGAAGCUGAAAACCUCGCAGAAGAAAGUGGUGAAAUCGUUCACGCCCGAUCACACCAUUUACGCUCGGUCCAAGACCGCCGUGUACAAGGUUCCGCCUUUCACAUUCCACGUGAAGAAGAUCCGUGAUGGGGAGGUGGAGAUCCAGGGCACGGAAAUGGUGGAAGUGGGUGGGGAGACGGAAGACGUGGAGAAUGGAGUGGUGGAGGGAGGAGAGGAGGAAGAGAUGGAGAUGGAGGGAGGAGAUGUAGAGGAGAGGGAGGAUAGCCCUGAGCUGCUGGAGACAGCAGAAGAUUCAGAGCUGGUGCUCAUUGAACAGGAUCACGACAGAGAUAGCGAUUAGACAGCAUGUGCAAGUGUGAUGAGUGUGUGUGUAUGUGUAGGUGUGUAGGAGGUUAUUGGGGGAAAGUAUGUGAGUGAGUAUGGCAUAUGUUGUGUGUGUGUGUGUGUGUGUAUGUGUGUGUGAGUAUACAUUUUAUUUUGAGAAGAAUUACCCCUUAGAAUCACCAUAGUGUUUAGAGCGAUUCUUCCCAACCCUGGUUCUGGAGGAGCGUUUGCCCUGGUCAGGUCAGGUCAGGGGGUCCUCCAGGACCAGGGUUGGGGGCCAUUGGUAUAGAGAAUGAUCAUCAAAUGUUUAAGGGCUAGCCUACUUACUAGUGGAAGUAACUUGAUUGAUCGCCAUUGAGGAUGACGUUCCAAGAAGGAGGGGUUUGAGUUGAUGGGGUCUGACCAAUUAAAUGGCAACAGGGGUAAAUAACAAAUUAUAGACCACUGAAGUUGUGCGUUAUUCUGUAGUCAUCGAUAUGCCCAUAUUUUAUAUUUUCAAUACCAGAAACAAAUGAAAACCAGCUUGCUUGCUUUGAGCCACUGUUUGGGGGAAACUUGGGGGUUACAGACAAUAUUAGGCUACGUUCACACAUCCAAAUGUACUACCAAAUUCAAUUUUAUUUUAGGCUGAUCACACCAUCUUUAUCAUGUGACCUCUAUUUAACAUAUGUCUGAACUGUUCAUGCUCUUAAACUAAUCCCUUCAUUAAGCGAUUGCAACACAAAGUUCUUUAUAUUUUGUCUGAAGCUCAGAUAGUGUUACCUCACUAUCUCUCCACUGAAAACCUCACUUAAUGCUGUUAUCCUUUUCCUCUUUGCUUUGAUGUAAAAAUAACAUAAAUUCCAAUCUGCCUGUUAAGAGUCAAAGGGCUCAAUUGCACCGUGCAUCUUGAUUGAGGGCGUGUCAGUGUGCCUUUGCUAUCAUAACAACGGGGAAAGUAUGCGUUGCGCAGCUCAAAAUGCAUAAACGCCAUGUACUAAUUCUCUUAAAUAUUGUGCAAUAAACCAAUCAACUUGUCACUUGCUGUUCACUUUAACAGCCAGGUGCGCAUUGACAUUGGCAGAUUGCUAAUUAAACAGUGCAGCAAUGCAGGUGCAAGGUGUGAAAGUGAACUGUUGACAGGGUGUAAGAUAGCAAUAAGCAUCGCAACGUGCUUUGCGCAGGGUGUAAGAUAUGGCCCAUACAGUCGCAUUGCUUGAAAUCAGAUUUAUUAAUCACAUUUUAAUACCAAAUAUGAAAGUGACCCAAAUCAAAACUAAAAAGAAUUCACUGAAGAUUGCGUGUAUUAUUUGCUGUUCACACUGUCACACAAAUAAUACACCUGUAUCAUAUUUAAUAAAGCCAAAUAUGGGCAUAGCAACAUGGCACCAACUACAAAUGAUAACCCAGCUUCAGUGCUCUGUUACCUCUAUGCAUUGACAUAGACGAAGAACGAGACGAAGGAGAAGGAUCAUGAGUAUUGUCAGAGAGUGAAAUGAAAUGCUGAAUUGAUUGAUGUUCAGAUGAACAAAGGAUUUGGACUGGUGCUUCUGUGGAUCUAGAACAUCUUUCUUUCUUGUUUUCUUUGAUUUUUUUUUAUUUCUUAUUAAUGUACUACCAUCACAUCUGUACGUAGUUCUAGUCUAGUCAGCAAACUGAGUUGCUGACUCUUGCUGAGAGUCAUUUUUUUCUUUUUUACAUCUUAUUCUGAUUGUUUUAUGUGUAAAAUUCUUUUUUUCUUGAGAGACAAAGUUGUUAUUUCUGUUGUUACACUGAAGUUUGAGCAUUUUGUUUAUCUGUUUUUUUGUUUUGUUGCAUUUUAAUAGAAUAAAAUCAUUGAUUUAAGCCACCUCCAAUAAACCACCUCACACGAGUGCCUUAGGUCCCAAUAUGGAACAGCUGCAGCUGGCUGGCACCUUCCUUGCCUUAAUAAAACACAGCAGUAUAUACAUAUAUGUUGAACUGGGAUAAAGUCUUGAUUUAGCUUAUAGACUCUUGUAUGGAGUUGUGGAGGUAGUGUGAGAUUUUUUCAAUGCGUUUGUAUGUAGUUAUAAGAAUAACCAUAGCGCCCUCUAGUGGCCAAAUCUGGUAGUGAUGCUUCAAUCUAAUGCAAACUGAGGAACAGACUGUUGAACUUUGUGUUCAAGAGCUAUAGAACACUUUACUAUUAUAAUGCACCUACAUGUAUUUUACAUCAUGCAAACAUAUAUACAAAUAAACCAUCAUACAUAUAUAGCAAUCAAGAACAAUGUCAUGCCAGUGUUGCUUUUGUUUUAGUCCUAUUUUCACACUGUCCAGCCUUGUUAGCGAAUGUAAAUACAGUUAUAAAAUGUGAAUCACUGCCACAGCACUAGAUAAUCCAAGUCCAGCACCUAAGGAAUUCUUGAAGUGCACAUUUUUAUUGUAUUAUCUUUGCCUAGUUAAUCAUCAAACCCUUCUCUAGCUGAACCACUGCAUUCCACACCUGCAUUUGCAGCCCAAGAAUCGUCAGCACCCUGUCUUCACUUGUAUUGCUUUCCUGACUCAGAUAUCAGUGACUUAAUAACUGUUCUUCAUUACUUCUUAUAUUGUGCGACAAAUUCCAUAUUUACCUUUCCACAUUUCGCGUUUUUUUUUUGUUUUGUUUUGUUUUUAUAUAUAUUUUUUGCUUGUGCAACUGAUGAAUAUGGAGACUAUCUCUGUUAUAUUGUCACACUGCCUACUAAUAUGUUAAUAAAAGCAGCCUUAUUCACA